AAAUUGUCUACAGAAUUUAGAAUCAUUGUAUGGCGUCAUAAGCAAAAUUUCCUUUUUUGCUUAUCAGAAUCGCUUCCGUGAGCGUUAAAAUAUUAGAUUCGAUUAAUAUUCGUAACAUAAAAUUGUAGUAUUGACAGUAUUAGCAAAAAAUAAAGUGAAACCAAAAAAUAUUGUGAGAAAAAUGUUUUCGUUUUUCAAAACAAAGAAACCAAGUCCAUCAUCAUCGCCCGAAUCCGAUGCAAUACCAAGCGCAAGUAGCAAUGAUUUUGUGAUAGUCGAUCCAAAACAAGGUCCGAAUCAAAAUCCGUUGUAUCCAAAUCCGUAUGCCAGCGCAUAUCCAAAUUUUGAUCAACAUUUCGGCAAUCCGUCGGCGAUGCCAGCAAUACCAAAUCGACCGCCACUUCAACACUCAGACAGUGUUCAUCAUUCAAAUUAUGUGAACGAUAUACCAUUUAAAUUAUCAUCAGAACUAUCUACAGGAAAUUCAAAUGAAAUCACACGCAUUCAAGUUGACGAUAUCUUAUCAAUGAUCACAUCAAAAAUGGGCAUCGCCCAAAUGGAAUAUGACUUUACACUCGAAAGAAGCCUUCUACAACAAACCGAUCCGGUUGACACCACCGCGGCUGAGGAAACCGCUGAACCCACUGACGCCGCUGAAGAGGAACCACAAGAAGAAUAGUUGAUAGUUUUUUUUAUGUGUUUCUGCCAUACGUUCAACAAAUGUUUGCUCUAUUAAGUUAAUUUACAAAUGCAAAUCAUCAUAAUUGUAACAUUUAUUAUACAUAUUCAAUAAAAAAAAAACACAAAAUUGCAAACGAUAUUAAAUUAAAACGCA